UGUUGUUUUAUGCAUGUUUUAGUGAUGUGUCAGAGGGUGCGAGUGGCAGCCCUGGACACACAACAACAAGGCAGGCAGCCGACGCCCUUCCUCCCUGUGCCGAGUUAAUCCUUCCCGCCUCGCCCACAGGAGCUACGGAGGCGGCAGGGGAUAGGGCCCGCAGGUGUUGUGCCACACACCACCACCACCACCACCGCCAUGGCACUGUCGUCUGAGUUUGUCACGCUGGUGGAGCAGGAGAUCCCCGAGGGCCGGCAGUCCCUCUCAGAUUCCCACGCCAACCUGGAGAAGGUGGCCGCAUACUGCAUCGAGAACUUUGCCAGGGCUGAGAACAAGAAUGGCGCACUUGAGGAGACCAAGAACUACACAACGCAGAGCCUGGCCAGCGUGGCAUACCAGAUCAACACCCUGGCCUACAACUUCCUGCAGAUGGUGGAGCAGCAGGCAAACCAGCUGGCAGAGAUGGAGAGCCAGGUCAACUACAUAUCACAGAUGGUGAUGGUGCACAAGGAGAAGGUAGCGCGGCGGGAGAUCGGCGUGCUCACCACCAACAAGACCACGGCGCGUCAGUACAAGAUCCUGGCGCCCUCCAACACAGAGAAGCCUAUCAAGUAUGUCCGCAAGCCCAUCGAUUUUACCGCCUUGGAUGACAUUGGGCACGGUCUCCGCUCCUCCUCCUCCUCCACGCCUCGGUCCAGACGGUCAGCCAGCAGCGUGGGAGUGCCGCCCCCCCCUGCCCACCAGCAGCCCCCCACCUCUGCCGGCCCCGCCCCCACCACCAAGCCCCCCACGCCGCCCCAGGCCAACCGCUCCGUGUCCUCCCUCUCGCGGGGCUCCAGGGAAUACCGCACGCCCCCUGCUGUCGCUCCCCCACAGGUGCCGAGUAACUAUGCCCCGAACUACCCCAUUGGUCACCCACGGCGGGGCGAACGCACCAGCGGGUACAGCACACUCCCCCACCAGUCCGCGGCACAUGUGGCACCCAUGGCCCACAAUGGGGGAGGCGGGGGAGUGGUGGCACCUCCCCCACAGGUUGGCAUGGUCCACCCCAUGGCUCACGGCGGGGUGCCCCAGGGAGGGUCCUAUGGGGCCCCGCCGCCACCCCCGCCCCACAUGCAGGAGCCACCCCAGUAUGCUGCACACCAGAUCAACAUGCCACGCUACCCCACGGUGAUCCGGCCAGCCAUGACCUUACCCAAGAACCUCACCAACAAGUCUCUGGCCAACAAAGUGUCAGAGCCAGCCCUAGCGCCCCCCUCCCCCGCCUCCUCUGGUCCUGUGAGUGAGCCCGACUACACCAGCCGCUCCUCGGGUGCCUCCAGCCCCCCCCUGCCGCCGCCGCCCCCCUCAGAGGUGGACGCCCCCCCUGCCAUACCCCCGCACUUCAUGGAGAAAGUGAUGGACGACAUCCCGGUUCGUCACAUGGGCCCCCCACCACCAGCUGUUCCGCCGCACUACCUGGAGAAAGUGAUCGCCGUGUACGACUACUCAGCAGACAAGGACGAUGAGUUGACCUUCAGCGAGAACGCCGUCAUCUAUGUGCUAAAGAAGAACGACGACGGCUGGUGGGAGGGAGUCAUGGAUGGCGUGACAGGACUAUUCCCAGGGAACUACGUGGAGCCCCUCAUGUAACGCGCACACACACACACACACACACACACACACAUACGCAUACACAAAUAUAGAUAAAUAAAUAAAUGAACAAAUGAAUGAAUGAUUAAAAAUAACACAAACACACACACACACACACACACACACACACACAUAAGUAAGUGAAUAAGUAAAUUAAUGACUAAGUAAAAAUGAUAUACACACACACACACACACCACAUGCAAGAGAGAGAGAGAGAGAGAGAGAGAGAGAGGAAGGGAGGGGAAGCAGAGGAUGGUAUAGUUAUUCUCUCUCUCUCUCUCUCUCUCUCUCAAGCACAAACUACUAUCCCAGCCAUGACCUCCACACACACACACACACAUUCAUUAGUAUUAGGCUGCAUCCAGGUUAUCAGUGUGGUAAGUCAAUGGCGUCUGUGUAUGUAAGUGUUCACUGUACAUAUAUAUCUUUUUCAGUAAUAAUUAUAAGUAGUAAUAAUAAGAUUGUGUUUGGAAGAAGGAAAUCAUGUAUGUAUGUAAGUGUUCAUUGUACAUAUAUUUCUUUUUCAGUAAUAAUAAUAAUAGUAAUGAUGUGUUUGGAAGAAGGAUAUUUGGGUUGAGUCCUCCUUAUAUUAUACUGUAUUAUUAUUAUUAUUAUUAUUUUAUUUUUUCAUUACUAUUACUGGUUAAUUGAUAUAUGUUUUAGGCGGAGUCGUCCUCCUCCUCUGCAUGCUGUGUAUAGGUGUAUGUGCAACACUUGAUUCAUAUGAAGGUCAGCCUCCCCAAGGUGAUAAGUGCAUGUUUAAUUGAGGAACAAAUUGGACCCCACAGAGAAGUAGUGACCUCUUGCCAAAAUUGACCCCCAUCCAGGGCUGGGUCAGGUUGAAUUCAGAAAUUAACUUAAUCAGUAGAAGUAGGAUAGAAGUAGCAGACGUGGUAGCCGCAGAAAAGUGUCCCUAUAAUGUCCUUCCCUUCAGCCUGGCCUUGGCAACAUUGGGUCGUAUUACAAGAUAUUUUGUCUCCCAAGUUCACGUAUUUGACAAGGCUUUCGUAGGAGUUGUGGGCAUUUCCAGGAGUAGUUUUAUGACCCUGGUGGUAGUCUGACCCUUCUUCUGUACCAUGAACCUCAAGAAACACUCAUUAGAACCCGACUGACCCCUCUUUGGCCUUUAGAAUUAGCUGAUGUGAGAAGCAAAAGUGUCUUAUGAUACCAACCAUUGUGUAAAAGUGUAGCCAGUGACCGUGGCGUGGCUGAGUGUGUUCCGUGUGUGUUGUGCCGGACAGUGUGUUGAGGUGCAGGCUGUGUUGUCUGGCAGGCACUGAUUACACACACGUUGGCCUUAUGAUCUGCGGCACCAGCAAGGAAGGAGUGGCACCGUUCCAGCCUGUCAAGGUGGUGGUGCCAUUGCCUGCUGUCUUGCCUCAAUGGAAAGUCUAGAGAAAAUGUCUUCGGUCAGUCCCAAUUUUUGCUCACCAGGAAAUACUUUACUGUUAAUUCAUCAGUGAAAACUUUCCCUGUGCAUUAUAUACAAUAAACAUGUUGUAACCCA